AUGGCAGACUGUCUGAAGCUUGAAAAAACAAGGCUUGCAUUACCUGAGGGUACCGGUAAUUGCAGCUUCGGGAUGCUACAAGUGGAAGCUGCUCAGCUAUCGCGCCCUUCCAAUCCUCCCAUGACAGCACAAUCCUACGCAAAAGCUACAUUUGCUGCUUUCAAUAAGCAAUGCAUGAGCAGCGACGCACGAAAGACGUCAAAAAUCGCGCGGCCUCAUUGGCCUGAUGCGUCGAAGCUUGAUUACACACACCGCAGCGAGGCUGUGUAUCCGAGAAAAUCGCUCAUGGCUAACCAGCAACAGCACGACUCCCACAAGCCGUGCCAGCAAAAUGAGAUUCGAAAGCACGCUCAAAGCGUGCAUGCGACGGGAUACCUUUGGCGGCUACAAUGUACGGGCCUGAAGAUCCUGUUUUCUGGUCAUGAAAAAUGCAUGAGUUAUUUAUCGUCGAAUCGCUUGAGGACGACGGUCGAUCUGGACAAAGGCAUGGACGACCUUUGA